GAUUAUUCUAUUAAUGAUUUUCUGUUAAGCGAAACUCAACUCAAAAGUUUGACGGUAAAAUAAGAGUAGACUAUCAUUCCCGAACUUUCUAAGACGGUAAAAGUUACGGUGCGUACUUUUGUUGCGUGCGUAUUACCUGUGUAUUUAAAUUUAACCAGCUAAAAAAUAUUUUCCUAUCUUUAUUUGGGAUUCUAAUAGACCAGCUCUUAUUAUUAUAACUUUUAGAGAAAGUGAUACGAUACGAUAUGCUUGUUGCAGAAAUGAUGACGUGCCGACUGGGGUCGAGGCGGUUGGGCGGGUCACGCGGCUCGCUGCAGGCCGGCACCGCGUGCUCCGCCGCCAGCGAGCUGGACCUCUCCUCCCGCUCGCGACGCUCGCAGAAAGCUCGGUUGUUGUCCAGAUUAAAACUGCUGGGUGCCAGUGGCGAAGCGCCACUACUGAGCGGCUGGCGCAGCACACCGCACACGCCACACGCGCCCGCCACGCCCGCCCCCCACCACUCACACAACCAUCUCGCUCCGCAUUGCAACGGGACCGACAGUGGCAGCAGAGCCGGUCUGCGCCGGCGCUCCACGUACACGAGCGGGCGGCUGCGCACGGGCCCGCACUGGUCCUUCGUGUUCGACCCCGCGGGCCGGCUGUGCUACUACUGGUCGAUGGUUGUGUCGCUCGCCUUUCUCUACAAUCUUUGGGUUAUCGUCUACAGGUUCGCCUUCCAGGAGAUCAACGGGGAAACGUUGGUGGUGUGGUUUUGCCUUGACUAUUUCUCGGACUUCCUGUACCUGGCCGAUAUCUUGUUCCACUUCCGCACCGGGUACCUGGAGGACGGAGUGCUGCAGACGGACGCCGCCAAGCUGCGCGCGCACUACAUGAACUCCACCACCUUCUACAUCGACUGCUUGUGUCUGCUGCCGCUGGACUUCCUCUACCUCUCCAUCGGCUUCAACUCCAUCUUGCGCUCUUUUCGCCUAGUCAAGAUCUAUCGGUUCUGGGCUUUCAUGGACCGCACCGAAAGACAUACGAACUAUCCAAAUUUAUUUAGAUCGACCAGUUUAAUACAUUACUUACUAGUGAUAUUUCAUUGGAACGGGUGCUUGUACCAUAUAAUAUAUAAAAACAAUGGGUUCGGGAGUAAGAACUGGGUGUAUCAUGACACUGAAACGGCGGAUGUGGUGAAACAAUAUCUUCAAAGUUAUUAUUGGUGCACGUUGGCGCUCACUACGAUAGGAGACUUGCCGCGACCCCGCAGCAAAGGCGAGUACGUGUUCGUAAUCGCACAGCUGCUGUUCGGGCUGCUCCUGUUCGCUACCGUGCUGGGCCACGUGGCCAACAUCGUCACGUCGGUCAGCACGGCCAGGAAGGAGUUUCAGGCUAAGCUGGACGGCGUGAAGACGUACAUGCGAAUGCGGCGGGUGCCGACCCACCUGCAGGUCAAGGUCAUCAAGUGGUUCGACUACCUCUGGCUUACGCAGAAGUGCUCUGACGAAGAGAAGGCGGUCUCGUGUCUUCCGGACAAGCUCAAGGCGGAAAUUGCAAUAAACGUUCAUUUGGACACUUUGAAGAGGGUGGAAAUUUUUCAAAAUACGGAAGCGGGAUUCCUUUGCGAGUUAGUGCUGCGGUUAAGACCGGUUCUAUUUUCGCCAGGAGAUUUCAUCUGCAGGAAAGGAGAAGUAGGAAAAGAGAUGUACAUAGUGAACCGAGGGAAGCUGCAGGUGGUAGGAGAUAACGGAAAGACCGUAUUGGCUACACUCAAGGCGGGUUCUUAUUUUGGCGAAAUUUCCAUUCUGAACAUGGGCACGGCAGGUAAACAACUUGGCAACCGGCGGACAGCAUCAGUGCGCUCCGUGGGCUACUCGGAUCUGUUCGUGCUCAGCAAGAAGGACAUGUGGGACGUGCUCAAGGAGUAUCCUGCAGCGCGAGUGCGCCUCGAAGCAAUAGCUGUUAAGAGACUUGAGAAAUACAAGAAAGCGCCGCUAGAAAAAGUGGCAAUGGGUCGCUGCCAGUCGACGCCCGGUCUCGUGGAGACGAGCGGGCGCGUGCCCAUCGAGGAGAUGCAGCUGCCCGCUGCGCACGCAGCGCCCCCGCUGCACUCCUCACACCCGCCUUCCUAUCGGGACCAGCUUUAUAGUUCGUCAGUAAGUCCUCUUCGUGUAGCAUCUCCUGUGGCUUCGUGCGCGUCAAGCGCUCGUAGCAGCGCGGCCGGCGCGGGCAGCAUGGCCAUCGCCGCCGUGGCCGCCGCCGCUGCCGCCGCCGCUGCCGGCUCCGGCGCCGGCCCUCGCGUCAUGCUCGACUCGCAUGACGUGUUAGAAUGUGAAAUCAAGCGUCUUCGGGAACGCCUGCAUACUGUCGAGACUGAAAAUGCCGCCAUGUCGGCGAAACUCAGUCAACAGCAGUGGGAGGUAGACCAGAGGCUGCAGGAGAUCGAAAUGCAAAUAUGUGGCGGUAGCUCGUUGAGCUCUCAAGAGGAGAAUGAGCGCAACCGUGAAAGCAUUAUUUAACAGCGCGCCUCGCCCCCGGCUGCGGCCCCGCGGCCGCUGCCGCCCCGGCCCGUGUUGCGGCUGUCUGCCGUCUUCUGACCUGCGCGAGCGCAAAGCCCGCGUCGUCGAUGUGUGACCGCGCGCGCCAUAGCAACGCCCUGAUGUCAUGCACCCAUUCGACGUCACUGAGUGUUAUCGACCCUCCUCGUACUUUCUGAGAACUCCCUUUGUUACAAAGAAUGAUUGCAAUGUGGUUUUACAAUGGAUAAGAUAAAUGUUAUAAUAUUUAAUACGAAUUAACUUUAUCAAAUUUAUACAUAUACGUAGUAUAACGACUCGCUACUGUUUGUCGAGUGACCGCGGAGUGAGAUUAUGCCGAGACAAUAUCGUAAUGUAAAGUCAUUUAAGUGCAUCGAGAUGUAUCGAGUGCUGGAGAGAGUGGGAGCGGCGAGUGCGCUCCGGUUUUUAGUUCCGUGUUAUUUUCGCGCAAGGCGUACUUCUUUCUGGAUGGACGUUGAUGCGUUAAUUCUUUGUAAGUCAAUCUAUGUCGUGCAUACCUCGUGUCUAUGUUAACGACGUUUGGUUUAAUACUUAAAUAAGAUAAGAGUAUGAAAUAGAUUAUUAUAUACAUAUAUAUCUAUUGAAUUUAUAAUGUUUUAUUUGAUUUUGCAGGUGUUGUUUAUCACAAAAUAUUUACGUCUUGAAUUUGAAAUUACAUUUUGAAAAUAUUGAACGUUAUGCAUAGUUAUCAUUAUUCAAAUGACUAUUAAUGAGUAACUAACAAAGAAACUAAACUAAUAAGUUAAGAAUUUUAUGUUAUUUCAUACAUAGAAGAUGGAUGAUAUUACCCUAUCCAUUAUAUCUGAGCUUUAAUUAUAAUAAACUCCGUAAGACUUUACCAUGUUCUCUGAAGCGUUUUUAAAAGCGUUGAUUCCAUACACCAUUCUGUCAUCAGAUAGCAAUGCAUGUAAAAUGUACAUUGUACAUGUGUACUUACGGAGCCGAGCGGCUGCGUUCCAUAAAUAAAGCAGCCGACUCUUCUUAAUAAUAAAGGUCAGGUGGGGUAAGAGGAACAUAGUUUAUUUUAUUUGGAGCAAGUUCCUUGUUGUUCCUCUUAUUCCACCGGUUCUUAUAUGUGUUCACCUGAAAAAGAUACGGCUGUUUCAUUUACGGUGAUAAAGGUGAUACCAUCUAUACGAGUAUAACCUCUGGUGUCUGGAUAUCAUUUUAAUUGAUUACUCAUGUAUAUAUUAUUGAAUUCCUUAAGUAAUUAACGCCGGUGAUCCGGAGUGAUGAAAUCGACCAUAGUAUACAUAUUGUAUUACCUACGUGAACGAAGUGAGUACUACCUACCUAACAAUUAAGAAACUUAGCUGUAAAUGAAUACAUCACUUUGGGAACUUCAGAUGAUCAGUACUGCCAGACAUUACUAGAAACUUGUAGCUAAGUAAGAAGUUUUAAUGUAAAAUACUAUACCAUACCAAUUAACUGAACGACGUUUUGUACUUAUACCUUAUACUUUCUAUAAUAUUUAAAAUUAUUUUUCACACGAUCGUUACAUAAUUAUUUAACAUUAAUGUGUUUUAAGUAACUAAGUGGACACAUUGCUGACGCUUCCAAAGUAUUUAUUUUGUAUCCAAUUAUGUUAUAAGAGCUAUUGUGAUGCUUACACUAAAUAAAUACAUAUAAGGAUAUACUACAAAAACCAACCAAAUAACCUAAUGGUCUGAAUAUUUGUCAGUUUCCAGGUAUCAACCAACCUAUCUACUUUAUAUGGAAACCUGUGUUUCAUACGCAGACCGUUAAUCGAGAUAGUGCGCCACCAGUGUAACUAGUGCCUAUAUGAUCAAAAAUUACUAAAGCUUUGUUGACACUUUUCAGUAGUAAGUACUCAGCGUACUGACGGCGCCAUCUCGGUCAACGUACUGAGUGAGCGCAGAGAGCCAGCGCCAUACAUAUUGGUGAAGCCAGCGCAGGACCAUAUAUUAAUUCGAUAGCCGCUUUCUAACAAUCGAUUAAUUGCAAUAGAAGGGAAAGCACGACUUGAUGAUUACAAAUAUCUACGUCGCUACUUGUACAGUACUUAAUUACCGUAAAACCGACAAACUAUCGACCAAAAUCUCUCAACUAUGGUCCAAAACUAUCUCGAAGAUUUUCGUUGUGUGAUUAUUAUCUGAAAGGGACGCAAUAUUCUACGCCACUGUAGAGUGGCGUAGAAUAUUAGCCUGCUAUUAAACUGGUGGUAGCCGUAGGGCUACCACCAGUUUUGACACUAACAUAUUGACUCACGUCUACGUAACUUACUUUUCAACGCACUUGCUCAAAACGACGUUUUUAUUCCACCGAUUUUUGGCUCAUAAUCCUAGAUAUUAAACACGCGUGCUUUUUCAGUAUAUUAUAACCAGACACAGGAAUCCGUGAGGCAAAAUUGUUUGACUAGUAGGGAGUUCCUGUAUCGAUAAACUCGACUAUCGAUGCUAGUUCUAUAUACUAGUGAUCACUCAAGGCUUUGCUUGUAAAAAGACGUUUUUAUUAAGAGUAAAAAUAAUAAUUGAAUAAUAAGUCAAUUUACUCUUUGUUUUUAACAAGACAAUUUCAUAAUUUUACUCAUCUCAAUCUCAAUUUUUUUCUUCGUGAAUGUCCCAUUUACUAUUGUUAAAGUAAACGACCAGAAUUUGUUCCAUAUUUUUGGUUAUUAAGCGUUAUUAAGUUAAGGAUAGGAGGAAUAGUAAGGAACUAAGGGAGGGACGAAUGGAAGAUAAAACUAAAAAGAAGAUUGAUAUUCAUGCUAAAUUACUUGAACUUGUAAACCUUAGGUGUAGUACUGGACUAUAGUUGGCUGGUUUGACGGUACGGUACUUAAUCAGUUACUAGUUAUUACAAUUUUGUAAACCUUCUAUAUUAUUUAGGUAUUUGAAUUCCUGCGUUACAAAUAUAGAAGUCUGGUUUUACGUUUUCUUGGACGCCCAAAAAUGUGUUAGAUAGGCGAUUAAACUUUUGACUGUAAAUAAUAUAUUUAUUUAUUGUUAUUAUAUUCCAUAAAUUUUCUUCUAACAUAUUUCUCAAUUAUAAAGUGGUAAGAGAGAUGCAUUUAUGCGAUUGAAUAUUAACGAAAUGCAAGUGCUUCUUAACAGACAUAGCAAUACGUAGGGUUUUAGGUUUAACAUUUUCAUGAUCGCUAUAUUUCAUUUAUAUACGUGACAGACAAUGGUGUAUUUUUUUAUAUAUGUGUGAAUUUUAUGACAGCAGCAGUGAGAGUUCCAGGAAGAAAAGAGUGAAAGGUUCAGGUUGAUUUUGUUUGCAAUUUUCAGGCUUGCGCAAGUCAAAUUGUGAAUUAAAUUAUGUCUCGCACGUGUUUCCUUUUAUUGUUAAUAAAAAGAUUAUUAUGAUAUAAA